CUCCUGUCUCUUAGCAACUGAGAGGCUCCAUUCCCACAAACCCAGCCCCCUGGUUUCCUUGCACUGGGCCGCACAGUCUGCACACAGCAGCACCAGCCAGCUAAGCACAGUUCUCAGGCCAAAACCCGUGUGACUAUUAAAUAGUCUGGUCCCAAACAAUUUCUCAAAUUGGAAUGAAUUAGUCCAAAGGAAGAAAAUAUCCUUUCCCACUGGCAGAAGAAGCUACUGCUGUUAAAACCUUUGAAGCCACCCGCUUGGGGAGAUAUGCAUGUACUAGUUCCAACUGGAUUCUCCAGAGACCAACAGGCAAAGAAAAUAUUUUGGAUGUUUUAAACUGACACACGGCCUUCUUCCUGAUACAGCAAAUGGACAGGAAUCCUGGUCCAGGGAGGACCACACUUCUUAUGGGGAAAGGGCUUGGGCUACUGAGGCCUCAUAAGAUUGUGUGCUUGUUCUGAGUUGAAGCUUGUAACCGCAAAAGAAACCACUUGGGCGGAGUGGUGCCUGGAAAACUUUGAAGAUGCCUUUGAAAGUAUCCCAGUGGCAUCCAAGAUGGAUCUCAAGUGUGCGCUGGAAGAAUGUUCAAUGGCACUGAAUUUAUUUCUAAAUAAUAAAUUUUCUGAAGCCCUGGAAUUACUUCGGCCAUGGUCUAAAGACAGCAUGUACCAUGCCCUUGGCUAUAGCACUAUUUUAGUUAUGCAGGCUGCUAUGACCUUCGAGCACCAGGAUAUCCAAAUGGGGAUUUCUACAAUGAAGGAAGCUUUACACACCUGCCAAAGAUUCAGGAAAAGAAGCACAGUGGUAGAGUCUUUGUCUAGUCUGGUUUCUAAACAGUCAAUGGAUCAACUGAGUGAAGAGGAAAUGCAUGCAGAAAUCUGUUAUGCUGAAUGUUUGCUACAGAAAGCAGCACUCACAUUUGUACAGGAUGAAAAUAUGAUCAACUUUAUCAAAGGUGGCCUCAAAAUUAGGACAAGUUACCAAAUAUACAAAGAAUGCCAUCAGGUGCUACAGAUGACUCAGGGCAACAAAAAUAAAAAUGAAACCUACCAUCAGUUUGAAGGAGGAGUAAAACUUGGAAUAGGAGCAUUCAAUUUGAUGCUGUCCCUUUUACCAGGAAGGAUUCUCCGACUUCUAGAAUUUAUUGGUUUUUCUGGCAAUAGGAAAUUGGGCCUUCAUCAGCUGCGGGAAGGUGCUUCUGGUAGCAGUUUGAGGGCCAUACUGUGUACUUUUACCCUGCUGGUAUAUCAUACUUACGUCUCUUUAAUCCUUGGUAUAGGGGAAGCCAAUCUUCAGGAAGCAGAGACUCUUCUUGAACCCUACCUCCAGAAGUUUCCAAAUGGUUCCAUCAUUUUGUUUUAUGAUGCCAGAAUAGAUAUACUGAAAGGAAAUUUUGAAAAGGCACAGUCAACAUUCCAAGAAUGCAUUGCUGCUCAGCAAGAGUGGAAACAGAUUCAUCACCUCUGUUAUUGGGAAUUGAUGUGGUGCUACUCAUUCCAGCAGAACUGGCUUCAAGCAUAUCGAUAUGCAGACCUGCUCUGCAAAGAGAGCAGGUGGUCUAAGGCAAUAUAUGUAUUCCAGAAAGCUGCAAUUUUGUGUAUGCUUCCAGAUGAGGAUGUGAAAACAACUGGAGAAGAUAUUGUGUCUUUGUUCAGACAAGUGGAUGGUCUAAGACAAAGAAUUGCAGGAAAAUCUAUCCCAACAGAAAAGUUAGCAGUGAGGAAAGCUCGACGUUAUAAUGGUGCUCAGCCAGUGAAGCUUAUACUACCUGCCCUGGAAAUGAUGUACGUCUGGAAUGGAUUUGCAAUCGUAGGCAAAAGGGCUGACCUCACAGAAAGUUUACUGAUAACAAUUGAGAAAGAAGAAACUGCUUUACAGAAUCAAACUAGUCGCACUGAAUAUUUUAUAGAUGACUUGUGCUUGCUGCAGUUACUAAAAGGCCUUUGUUUGAAACACCUAGGAAGACUCUUGCAAGCUGAACUGUGUUUUAAUCAAGUUAUCCAAAGUGAGAAGCAGAUAAAAUAUGAUAACUAUUUGGUGCCAUUCACUCUGUAUGAGUUGGGACUUCUAUACAAACAGCAGGACCAGAGAGAGAAAGCAAUAAGAUAUAUAGAAACUGCAAAAAACAACUACAAAGAAUACUCCAUGGAGUCCAGGUUACACUUCAGGAUUCAUGCAGCACUUGACAGCCUGAAAGUGACUCCAGCUUCUACGCCUUGACUUAGCCGAAGGGUGAUCUUUUUCCAUGAAUUCAAGUGUCUACGUGAUCUUGGUUGAAUGUUUUUAAAAAAUCAUGUAGAUGACAGAAUGAAAAAGAAACAACUAAUAUAUUUUCUAUCAUCUGUGAUUUGAUGUUUGUCAUCCUUUUUAGUCUGUUUUUUCUUAUGGUUAAAGCUAUGAUUAUAUCACGGCGGUAACGGAAGUCACGGAAUCUGUGACUUCCAUUGAUCUCUGACAUUUUCUGCCCUGGGUUGGAGCUCCCAGCCCCUCCCCCAUGGCUCCCGAACUGGUGGGGGCACCCUGCAGCUGCCCAGCCAUGGCAGUGGGUGGCAGGGGGACUCCCUGCAGCUGCCCAGCCACGGCUGGCUGUGGGGAUUCCCCUCAGCUACCCAGCCAUGAUGGGCGGCAAGAGACCCAGUGGUCAGGGGACCCCGCAGCUCCCACUCCCCACAGCAGCAGGGGAUCCCAGAGCUCCCACUGACUGCAGCAGUGGGGGAUCCGGGAGCCCCAGCAGCCCUUUUGUCAGGGAUAUUUUUAGUG